AUGCAUGCUGGACAUUUACUUUUGGGGAGACCAUGGCAAUAUGAUAGGAGAGUAACACAUGAUGGCUUCAAAAAUCGCUAUUCGUUCAUCAUGGAAGGAAAAACAAUUACUCUUGUGCCGUUGAGUCCAAGGCAGGUUUAUGAGGAUCAACUGAGACUGAAAAAAGAGAGUAAGCUGAGAAAAGAGAGUGAGCUUGAGGGUAUGAAAAACAGAGAGAAAACAGUAGAGAAAGAGUUAAAAAAGAGAGAAAAGAUCGAGAGUGUUGAAAACAAAGAGAGAAAAUCAGUGAGUGUUUCUGCAAAAGAAAGUGAUGUCAAGGCUGCGUUCUUUGCAAAGCAGCCUAUGUUUGUGCUUUUGUAUAAAGAUGCUUAUUUCAAUACUAAUGAACUUAAUGAUUCUUUGCCUAGUGUUGUUAAAUCUCUUUUGCAAGACUUCAAGGAUGUGUUUCCAGAUGACGUUCCUAAUGGUUUGCCACCAAUAAGAGGAAUUGAGCAUCAAAUUGACUUCAUUCCUGGUGCAACAAUUCCAAACCGACCAGCAUAUCGAAGCAAUCCCAAUGAGACGGAAGAACUUCAAAGGCAGGUCGAAGAACUCAUGAAAAAGGGACGGUAUUUUGUUGCAGCUGAUGGACAAACAAAAGUGGUUAAUAGGACGUUGUCAACCUUAUUGCGAUCUAUUAUUCAGAAGAACUUGAAGAAUUGGGAACAGUGUUUGCCGCACGUUGAAUUUGCUUAUAACCGGAGCAUCCAUUCAGCAACUAACUGCUCGCCAUUUGAGAAAAACAUAGAGCGACGAACUGAGCAAUAUGCAAAACAAGCCAACAAAGGACGCAAGAAAGUUGUAUUUGAACCUGAAGAUUGGGUUUGGGUGCAUAUGCGAAAGGAGCGAUUCCCUGCACAAAGGUGUUCUAAGUUGCAACCAAGAGGCGAUGGACCAUUUCGAGUGAUUGCAAGGAUAAACGACAACGCAUACAAGUUGGAGCUUCCUAGUGAGUAUAAUGUUAGUGCUACUUUUAAUGUUUCUGAUCUUUCUCCUUUUGAUGUAGGUGAUGAUUUAAGGACAAAUUCUUUUGAGGAGAGAGGGAAUGAUGGGAAUCAAGAUGACCCCACAUGUACCACAUCAAGAGAUCCAUUACACAUUCCAGGAGGCCAAUCACGAGAGCUAGAGCUAGGAAGAUGUGAGAAGCUUUAAAUGGCCUUAUUGAGCAGAUCUGGGUUGAUAACAACAUACAACAAGUAAAUCAAAGCUUGUAUGAUUA